AUGAGCAGCCACGAUUCUGGAGUAGAAGCAGGAACCGAGCACAGUCCAUCCCGCUUUACUGCAGUCAAUGGGAAGGACUCAUCCAUCUCCGCCAAGAUGGGAAGCUCCGUCCCGCCGAGGGAGAGAGCGCCUUCGGGGUCAGGUGUUCAGGAGAGAUCUAGACCAGAAAUCCCGGAGCAAGAACAUAGUCCGGAGGACCACGGGUCGCAACGAUCAUCGCCGGAGACAUCGACUCAAACCCAUAAGCGCAAAAGAUCCACCUCCUCCUCCCGGGAGCAUGGGUCGCGACAUCCAUCAGAACUAGGGGGGACGGCCAGAAGUUCCACGGGCCAUCCAAUUGAAUUCAGUGCGCCCCCAAAUUCCAACGGCGCAGGUCCGGGAUCGGUCUCGGACAUGGAAUCGGGCCCCAAUGGGCCCAGCCGAUCAGACCUCCACGAAUCUUCCCAGAUCUCGUCUAAUGGGCCAUGGCCUGAAUACGAUAGUCAGUUGGUGAGCCAAGCCCAACGGGCCCAACAGAUGGAUGCCUCCGACGCUCAACUGGCGGAUGCGCUUCAACGAGAGGCGCAUUCACAGGACCCUAGUCACCGAAAUGUGAACGUCUCUCGGUCCACCCCUGCCCCUACGGUGCAAUCCUCCUCAUCGCCGGCCUACUCCUCGGAGCGACCGACGACGGCGGUCCAGGUGGCACCCAAGCGCAAGCGGGUCUUCAGCAACCGGACCAAGACCGGCUGCAUGACAUGCCGGCGUAGAAAAAAGAAGUGUGAUGAACAGCAUCCAGCUUGUAACAACUGCCUCCGUGGCGGCUUUUUAUGUGAAGGGUACUCCUCGCGGAGCACAUGGCAGAAACCCUCGAGCUCGAAGGCGCCGGUUCCCUUGCAGUCGAAAGAAGGGUAUCCCGAAAUCAAUGGCCAAUAUGUACCGGAAACACAUCAUGACCGGCAGUUGGCAGAGCACAUUGUAGAUUCACGGAAGAUGCGACCAAUUGUGGUGGAAGACGAGCGAGCUGCUCCACAAUAUAACACUAGCCCCACCGAAACGGGCUCCAGUCACCACCCAUCGUGGUCUAAACGACCUUGGCCCAAUACGGGUCACUCGGCGCCUGCGUAUCCAUCCGAGCACGUCGCUAAGGGGGAUUAUCGAGAGGUUCCAUCCAUUCAUGAACUCCCGCGGGAUACACUAGCUAAGCCAGAUUAUCCCGCGGUGCCUCCGAUUCGUGAAAUAUCGCAUGGACCGCCCCCCAAGGCGAACAUGCCUCUGUUGUUCCAAGGAGCUGUGGCGCCGCCAGUACCCGCCACGGCGAUGGAUACAAAUAGCCCCCAGGUACAAGCUCGAAUGGCCCUAAGCAUUGAAAACCAGUUGUCCAGUCGCACGGCAAGCAGCGACGACACUGAAAUGGACAAGAUGAUGAAAGGUGACCUCUACCGCCCAUUUGAUGUGCAGCUGGUGGAGGAAAGAGACCGAUGUCGUCGCGCACUCGCUCGAUUCAACAAUGCUUGCAAUCCUCUGAGCGGGCUCAGCUCCAAAGAACAGAAUCGCCUCCUUAAGGAGAUAAUGGCUGCUCAGCCCACUUGUACCCUGAAGCCCCCGGGCUCUCCGGGUAUGUCCACCCCAACCAUGCGUCGUCCAACCCCUAGUCUUGGGCCGGGGGCAAUAGUGGAGUCUCCCUUCACCUGCCACUACGGUUACCUUAGUAUUGGAGAGGACGUAAUGAUCUCCCAUGACUGUGUUUUUGUGGAUGACUGCUUUAUUUUCGUCGGUGCCCACACCUGGGUGGGACCCAAUGUCACCAUUCUCACCACGAUGGCACAUUCCAGUAUGCAGGAACGGAAAGGCACACAGAGUCGAUAUGAAGGUCGCCGAGUACGGAUCAUGGAAGACUGCUACAUUGGGGCUGGAUCUACUAUCUAUCCCGGCGUGACACUUGGCCGAGGGGCUUAUAUUGCGCCUGGAGAGGUCGUUCGAAGUGAUGUGGUUCCUUAUGGCUUUCAAGGUUUCAAGCCAAAUUACAUGUGA